AUGUCAACUCCAUCCACCAGUAGGAAGAGGAAGCGAAAGGCAACUGUAGUUGAUGGUGAAAGCGGGGAGUCAUCAUCGUCUUCUGGUUUUAUCCUCGGUUCUCAAACAGCUGCUCAGUCAGUAAGGCGCUCUACAAUUAUUAGGGCUUCAUCGUUCCAGCGUGUCCUUCAAAGUCCAUUGUCCGCACAACCUAAUACUCAGGUGAGUGGACAAACGGCUUCAACAUCAGGUAGUGUGCCUGCGCCUGGUCCAGCGUAUAUUGAUUUGGGGGAUUGUACUAAUGUUUGUGAAUAUUGUGGGGCUCUUUUUUGGCACGAAGAAAGACUGAAAUCAUCACCUCAAAAAAAUAGACCAAGGUACAAUAUGUGCUGUAGAGAAGGCACUGUGCGAAUUGACUUUCCAAGGGAACCACCAGUCUAUAUAAAGGAAUUGUAUUCUAUGGCGCAUUUUAUGGAAAAUAUACGCGCUUACAAUUCCAUGUUCUCAAUGACUUCCUUCGGUGCACAUGUAGAUCAUGAAAUUAAUCAUACUCCCGGGCCCUAUGUUUUUAAGGUUGCUGGUCAGGUAUCACAUUGGUUGGGCUCCUUAUGUCCUCCAGUGGACAACAAACCACGGUUCCUUCAGAUGUAUAUUUGUGAUACAGAAAACGAGGUCGAGAAUAGGCUUCGGUUUUUUGAAGGUGACACUCGGAGUCCUUUAUCAGCAGACAUUGUUUCUACUCUUGCUCGAGUUCUUUCAGAUGUGAACGGGUAUGUUAAGCUUUUCAGGAGCGCAAGAGAUAUAUGUUCUCUUCAGGAGGUCCCAAAUUUUGCGAUAAAACUGUACAAUAGUCAUACCCGAAAAAACUAUGAAAUGCCAUCUACUAGAACUCUUGGUGCUAUUAUCUGUGAUAACGAUCCGUUAGCAACUGACUAUGACAUCGUUAUCCAUAGCAAAGAUGGUAAUCCAAGACGCGUUAGCAAGUUGCAUUCUUCGUAUAUGCCGCUUCAGUACCCGUUGCUCUUCCCCUUUGCAGAGCAAGGUUGGUCCCCUGAUUUACGUUUAUCUGGUCGCACACUAUCAGAGGAUCAAAAUUUGACGAUGAACAUGUUCUACGCUUAUCAGAUACAUGAUCGCAUAGGUGUAUACACUUUGUUGUUGAAAGCUGGUCGUCUUUUGCAACAAUAUUUAGUUGACGCAUAUGUGUGCAUAGAGCAAUGUAGGCUUGACUACUAUCGUGCUAACCAAAAUCGUUUUCGUUCUGAGUUUCUUCGCGGUAUCCAUGAUGCUUUCUCCAAGGGUGAGACUGAGGGUCGUGAUGUUGGUAAAAGAACCAUUCUACCAUCCUCAUUCACAGGUGGGCCAAGGUAUAUGUACAAGCAUUAUCAGGAUGCGCUCGCUAUUUGUAGAGUCCACGGUAAUCCACAAUACUUCAUAACAUUUACCUGCAACGUUAAGUGGCCAGAAAUCAGACGCUACUUGAAUCACGCUGAUUGCACAGGCGCCCAAGAAAGACCUGACAUUAUUGCAAGAAUUUUCCAACUGAAGGUUGAAUCACUACUAAAGUUCUUAAAAACACAAAAGACUUUUGGUGGUGUUGCAGCAGAUCUUUAUACAAUUGAAUUUCAGAAAAGAGGCCUUCCACAUUGUCAUAUGUUGCUCUGGGUUGUACCAGAAUGCAGAAUAAAAGAUGCGCAACAUGUGGAUAAUUUCAUUUCUGCUGAAAUUCCAGAUCCAGGGGCAGAUCCGACUUUAUAUCGAAUAGUGACUGAUUCUAUGAUGCAUGGUCCCUGUGGCUUACCAAAAAUGAACGCACCAUGCAUGGUUAAUAAGAAAUGUUCAAAAUCCUUUCCAAAGGCCUAUGAACAAGUCACUCGAUUUGACAAAGAAGGGUAUAUUCACUAUAAAAGACGACCAAAUGGUCCUCAAUUGGAAAAAAAUGGUGUGCCACUUGACAACGGUUACGUAGUCCCAUAUAAUCGGACUCUUUGUUUGCAUUUCGAGGCACAUAUAAAUGUCGAAUAUUGCGGUUGGAGUAUGCUCAUUAAGUAUUUGUUCAAGUACAUAUCCAAAGGUGUAGAUCGCAUUUGUUACGCUGUCACAAGGACCCCUGACUGUACAACACAAUCAACAUCAAAUUCUCACGAAGGUGUAGACGAAAUCUCAAAGUUUGUAGAUGGUAGAUUCGUUUGUCCACAUGAAGCAGCUUGGAGGAUCCUCAAUUUUCCAAUUCACCAUAGAAACCCAGCUGUUCAGCUAUUAGCCGUUCACUUAGAGCACAUGCAGAAUAUCAUCUUUAAAGAUAACCAACAGCUACACGACAUUCUUGGUAACCCAGCAACUCAGAAAACAACAUUAACAGAAUGGUUAAGAAGCAAUGAACAACAACCGAAUGACAGGGAUUUAUGUUACGUGGACUAUCUGUCUAGGUACCGAUGGGAUCCCUCCAAGAAAGCAUGGCUUAAAAGAUUAUCUACCAGAACUCCACCAAUUGGAAGGUUGGCAUACAUACAUCCAGCAUGUGGUGAGUCAUUCUACCUAAGAAUGCUACUUAACCACCAAAAAGGUUGUUGUUCUUUCGAGGACAUCAGAACAGUUUCCAACAUUGUAUACCCUACCUACCGAGCUGCAUGCGAGAAACUUGGUUUGAUAGGCGAUGAUAGAGAAUGGGUUGCAGCUUUCGUAGAGGCAUCGUCUUGGGCCACGACUGCAGAAUUAAGGGCUUUGUUUGCCCAUAUGCUUUUAUUCUGUGACCUAUCUAAUCCAUUAGGUUUUUGGCAGAAAUACUGGCCACGAAUGAGUGAUGAUAUUAUUAGGAAUUUGAAUGAUGUUACUGGUACGUCAAAUACUCACAUUAGUGGCUUAAACCUGCAACAACAUGUAUUGUUCGAAUUGGAAUUAUUGUUGAAUUCUAAUGAAGGUUCACACUCAUUGGCCAAGUUUGGCUUACCGAUGCCUCCUGAUUCAAUGGUGUCAGCACUAAGAAACAGAUUACUUUUGGAAGAAAAGUGCUAUGACACAGACGCCUUGGUGACUAAAAGUAGAACUAUGGAAGAGGCCUUAAACUCUGUUCAGCUAGCAGUAUACAACAUGGUUGUAAACUCAGUUAUGCAAAAUACGCAAAUACUUUUGUUUAUAUACGGCCAUGGAGGAACAGGAAAAACUUUCCUAUGGACUGCAAUCAUAGACAAACUCAGGUCCGUUGGGAAAGUAGUUCUUGCUGUCGCAGCAUCAGGGAUCGCUGCCUUGCUUUUGCCUUCAGGAAGAACAGCUCACUCUCGAUUCAAGAUCCCGUUAGAAUUAACAAAUGAUUCAUUGUGCUACAUUAAAAAAAACACACAGCUCUCCCAAUUAUUAAUGGAAACGUCGCUUAUUGUAUGGGAUGAGGCACCAAUGAGUGAUCGAAGAUGCUUUGAAUCAUUGGAUAAGAGCCUUAAAGACAUAGUUGGUAACAAAGACAAACCAUUUGGCGGAAAAUCUGUGCUGUUAGGAGGAGACUUUUGA